AUGGGGACUUUCCAGAGGAAGGAAAAAUCUAAAAUUGAAAGGAUAAGGGUUACAUUAGGAUCAAAGGAGAGCAUUUUACAGAAACAAAACCUCACCUUGGAUGCUUCCAAACACAUUAUAAGAAACCUGGCAAUCCAGUUGGAUAGAAUCACAGCUAAGCUAGAUGAAGUUUUUGGAAAUUCCCAAGCUUACUGUGUAAUUUAUGAUUUAAGCUUGGAUGAAUGUGGAGAUUUUAUUGUCAAAUGGUCUGAAGAGCUGGAAUGUUUGCGGUUAAAAUACAGGAACCACUUAGACAAGAUUUCCAGUGCUGAGCGAUUCAGAAGGAGUUUGGGAUGUCUAAACAUCAGAGAACAUCAAAUUAAGAAACUGACAGAAGCGCAGAAAGAUUUUCACUGGUUUAUUCAUAUUUUGAAGUCACUUCCAAACUCGUCAGUGUGUCAAGAAAGGUGUGCUAAGGCAGAGCUGUUGAAUCUCUACAGACAAUGGAAGAAAGGCCAUCUGAUAAGCAUGCUUCCCAUCAUGGACUUUAUCCUGAAGACACUGCUUAAGGAAAAGGAUUCUUUUUUAGAACGGCAGCUUCAACAUAAGUCAACAUAUAUGGAAACAGAACCUUCUAAGGAGGUGGCGUCCGUUAAUGAACUCACUGCCCGCCAUGUCACGGCCAAGGAGGCCUAUCACGAACCCUCUGCCUGUCCUGCCACGGCCAUGAAGGCCAUUCAUAACUUCCCUGCCACACCUGCCCAAGAACCUGCGCCCACGCCCCCAGAGGUGUCAGCGCAAGCUGUAGAUCCUCCCAUGGGGGUGGCGUCCCAUGAUGAACUCUCUGCCUGCCAUGUCGCAAUCAAGAAGACCAAAGAAAGCAUUCAUAUUAAGAUUGAGAGCUAA